AUGGCGUUCGUAUUCUUCCUACAGUUCUUGCUCCUCAUCGUGGGCGCGGUCUGCUGGGCAGAGAUCGUCAAUGUCCGGUCAACCAUCCCAGCAGCGGAGACGGCGGCGCUCAUACAACGAACGAGACCAGCACCUACUUAUGCGACCGGAGGGAUUCUAGAACCCACCAAAGACCUAGAGCUGCUGGACAUUGUCCUGGUAGCCUCGAUCGACGGCAAAUUCCAUGCACUCAGUCGCUCGACGGGCAAGAUCUUGUGGUCUAUGCCUGCAUUCGCACGGGCAGAAGGCUCGUCAACUCUUUCAAGCUUGGCGCCUCUGGUUAGGACGACACACCCAGAAAACGACCCCGACGACUUUGACGACGAUACAACACCAGAAACCUAUAUCAUUGAACCGCAGUCUGGCCACAUCUAUGUCGUAAACUCAGAAGACGACUCGUUGCAACGGUUCCCGUUCUCAAUGGCGGAGUUGGUUGACAUGUCGCCGUUCACCUCCCCAGGUGACGACGAGAAGAGGGUAUUCAUUGGGCGCAAGGAGACUUCACUAUUGUUACUGGAGCUCGAAACAGGAAGAAUCAAGGCGACCCUCAACUCCGAAUGUCCGCCUUAUGACGACAGGCGUAUUGACCUCGACGAGCUGGAAGAACCAGAGUCGCGGGGCUCAUCGACCACCGAAGUAUUCAUUGGGCGAACAGAUUAUUACAUUUCCAUCUAUCCCCACCGCUCUAAGGGCUACGGCACUCGGGCGCCCGUCCAAAACCUGUCAUUCUCAGUCUACGGACCCAACAACGAAGACAACUUGCUCCAAGCAAACUAUCGAAGGACUAGCGACGAUGCGUACAUCCAAGGUUUUCCCAACGGGGAUGUCUACUCCUUUAAGACCAAGUCGGAAGGGGGUAGAGUCCAAACACAACCUUUAUGGGUUCAGAAAUUCCAUGCACCGACGGUCGCUGUUUUUGAUGUCCUACGGGGCUCAACUCCACUUCAGCCACAUCCUCACGCCUUUGUUCUCCUGCAACCACGACCACGCGCGGAAGAUGUCAUCCCAGGUCUCGACCGCUCUCUCUUACGUGGUGCAAAGUCGGCCUACGUUGGGAUGGUGGAGGAAACGGGGAGCCUUUACGCUAUGAGCCCUUCACAUUAUCCACUGGUUGCGUUUGGGGACGCAGAGGAGGGCAGAAAGGGACGACUUAUUGAGGGUUCUGGGGGUUCAGCGCAAAGCAUCCAUGAUAUCAUCCGCAACCAGAAGGAGGCUGACAGGCGGAUUAGAUGCGAGGAUAACCCGAGAGACCGCGAGUGUCUACUGGGUAUGCAUCCGCUUGACGAAACGGACGGCCAUGAAAGUCGAAUGCGACGACUGCUCGAAGGACCUUCAAGCAUCAGCCCCAUCCCGACGUUCAGACCCGGUCAGAACCAAUGGAUCGAUCACGGAAUCGAAGUCGUCCCCAACAUUGAAGCUCCACCCAACAAUUCUCAACAACCUGCCACGCCUGUCCCCCCGGAGGAAGUACGGAAGACGGGAUGGGAAUAUCUGGGAGUAACACUCGGGCUGGGUUUGGUGUCUUUGUGGUUCUUAUUCAAGAAGUUCGGCCAGCGAGAGGGAUUCAAGGUACCCAAAUUCAUUCCCGUACCCAACGGGGACGCGCAGAUCGCCCGUCCCCUUGCUCCCAUACCGGACACUGCCACCGAGCCAGCACCAGCACCCGAACCAGCUACGGUCCAGCCUCUUCAGAUCAUCCCCGAACAGCCUGCACCACCGGCACCCCUACCAUUGCCUCUGCCUCCAUUGGAGGACCCCACUACGGAUGCACUUGCCGGAACUGGCGAAGAAGGUGAUGACACCGACCGUGAAGGCGAUCCAGAGCCCGAGACAGUCGCAACCCCUGGAAGGAAGAAGCCGAGGAGAGGUAAACGAGGAAAGAAGAAGAAGAAGGACGCCACGCCUAUCCCUGGUGAAGAAGGUGUUGAGGGCAAGGCGCCUAAUGGACCCGAUGGACCAGCUGCGAAUGGCACACCAAACAUCAAUCCGCCAGACAACAACCCAGAUGCCACUAUCGCUCCUGCAGCCCCACAAUCUCCUUCACUUGUCGUCUCAUCUCCCAUAAUUCCUGCGGCCGCAGGUCCAUCGUUAGUCGUGUCCGAUACCAUUCUCGGCUUUGGCUCUCAUGGAACUGUUGUCUUCCAAGGUUCUCUACAGGGUCGAGCAGUCGCAGUGAAGCGGCUCCUCAAAGACUUUGUUACUCUGGCUUCACGUGAAGUCAGCAUCCUCCAAGAGAGUGACGACCACCCGAAUGUUAUCCGAUAUUACUACCAAGAAGCCCACGCCAAUUUCCUCUAUAUCGCUCUUGAACUCUGCCCCGCAUCCCUAGCCGACAUCAUCGAAACUCCUGACCGAGAAGCCUUCAGAGAUAUCGCCAUUUCCUUCGACCCCAAGAGGGCGUUGAAGCAGAUCACGAGCGGUCUCAAGCACCUCCAUGCGCUCAAACUCGUCCACCGUGACAUCAAGCCCCAGAAUAUUCUUAUUACGACAAACAAGAGCACUGGACGUGGGCGACCGACAUAUCGUAUGCUCAUCUCUGACUUCGGAUUGUGCAAGAAGUUGGACGUUGACCAAACGAGUUUCUUACCAACCAUGAAUGGCGGGAUGGGUGCUGGGACGGUCGGGUGGAGAGCACCGGAGAUUUUACGUGGCGAGGUCAAGCUUGAUGAUUUGAGCGAUGAUCACUCCAUGAGUUCGAGAGGAAGUGUGUCAACCAUUAACGGGUCAUCAUCGUCGUCGUCGACGUCGGGUCUCUCAACCGCGAAGCCAACACGACUCACCAAGUCUGUGGAUAUCUUCGCCCUUGGUUGCCUGUACUACUACACCUUGACCAACGGCAGCCAUCCUUACGGGGAUCGAUUCGAGCGGGAAGUCAACAUCUUGAAGGACGCCAAGUCGCUGGAUUUACUGGAGAGAUUUGGAGAGGAAGGAACCGAAGCGUGCGAUUUGAUCGAGAAGAUGUUGGAUCCCGAGGCAUCUGAAAGACCGGAUACGACUGCGUGCCUAUUGCACCCCUUCUUCUGGGAUCCCGCACGCCGCCUUAACUUCCUCCAAGACGCCUCGGACCGGUUCGAAAUCAUGUGUCGGGACCCCAAGGAUCCUCUCCUACUGCAACUCGAAACCGGUGCGCUGGCCAUCGUUGGAAAUGACUGGCAUGCAAGACUGGACAGGUUGUUUGUUGAGAACCUUGGCAAGUUUAGAAAGUAUGACGGAAAGUCUGUACAAGAUUUGCUUCGUGCUCUUCGUAACAAGAAACACCAUUAUCAAGACUUGCCUGACAAUGUUAAGCGAAGUCUUGGGCCGAUGCCAGAGGGCUUCCUGGCCUACUUCACGAAACGUUUCCCCCGCCUCUUCUUACAUGUCCAUCGUGUCAUCUCCGACACUGUACUACGGACAGAGUCUAUGUUUAGAUCUUACUUUGAACUGCCUGACUCCUGA